UAGUUAACAGCUGUAUUUGCUAACUAACAGUGACAACUUGUCACCCAAACAUAUGACACAUCCUAUAGCGUUAACUGUCAAAUUUAAUUACCAAAACAAAAGAAAUCAAUAAUCAUUUUUUUUUACAAUUUGCAAUACAUUUUUCACUCUCAAGUGCACAAAAAAACAAAAGAAAAAAGUGUUUAUUUUAGAAUUUUUACAAGGUUUUUUACAAAUUUUAAACCAGAAAAUUAGUGUAUACAAACUUUUAUAUUUACACAAACAAUAAAUAAUAGAAAAAUCAUGCAAGAUGGACGUCAAGCAGCUCAACAGUAUCAAGAACAACUAUUGCCCGAGCGAUUGGCCGAAAUGGAAUUGACUCAAAGACCCCAGCCACCACAAAGACUUAAUCUAAAGCAUAACUUAGCAGUAAACAACAGAAGUGGUAGCACUGAGGAGACAGAGCCCGAAGCCAGUCAAUUGUGUCCCAUGGAUUAUCAGAAACUGACAACCGAUAAAGACGUAUUUCCCGAUAACUAUACCCGCAGGGAAAUCGAGCAGAUCAAGUUAAAGUGUGAAAAUAAUAAAUUAGGCUGCAAUUUUAUAGCUUCGCCCUUGGAAAUGGAACGCCACAAGCAGGAGUGCCCCUAUCGCUGUGAUGAGGAGCCGAGCGAGGAAAAGUGCCCCUUUGCCAGUAUCAAAUGUGACUUUGUGGGCCGUCCCGAAACCAAUGCCCUGGAAAUGCAUUUAAAGGAAGAUAUGCCACAUCAUUUGCAAUUAAUGUUAAGAUCUUUGCAAAACACAGCCAUUUCUAGCUGGAAUCCGCAAAAGCCAGCCAAGGGACAAAAUGGUGGGGCGGCCUUGCCUCCACCGCCACAAUAUGCCAAUGGAGGCGGUGAAGAACAACUGAUACAGGCCAUGUAUCAACGUAUAGUGGUGUUGGAGCAAAGGGCCUGUGAACAAGAUGUCAAAAUAGAAAAUCUAACUAAACAGCUGGCAAAUGCGCGCCAGCAAGUAGAUGCCCGUUACAGCAAUGGCACUAUAGUAUGGGAAAUUAAAAAUGUCCACAACUUAAUGGAUUACCUGCGUUCAAACACCAACAAUUUGGUGUACUCACGAGAAUGCUACACCUCUCCCUAUGGCUAUAAAUUCUGUGCUCGUCUCAAUAUACAACCCAAAAAUCCCCAUUUACUCAGUUUGCAUGUUCAUUUAAUGCAAUCCGAGAAUGAUGUACUACUGGAAUGGCCAUUUAUAGGCCGUAUAAAAUUGUGCAUGGUGCAUCCAAGAGAUAUGGAGCUGUCGCAACAUGAUACCAUUAUGACAAAACCAGAGAUUUUAGCUUUUCAUCGACCCAAGGAGCGUAUUAGUACCAGGGGUUUUGGUUUUGUGGAAUAUGCCAAUAUAGCGGAUAUUAUUAAGAGGGGAUUCUGUGAGGAUGAUCGUUUACUAAUUAAGAUACAAAUAAAUUUAGUUUAAUCUAUAGGCAGGAAUUGAGAAUUUUAUUAAGAUAAUUAAUGAAUUAUUGAGAAUACUCCCCUAAAAAAAGAAAUCUAAAGGAUUUUU